AUGAGGAGUAGAAGAAGAAUGUAACGUUGGAAAAAAAGCUACAGUACUAUCGUCGCGUCAGAUGAUUAGCUACUAGUAAAAACACUGUAAAACGACUGACAGUCCACCUCUCUUUUCAGCAUUACGAAACGGCGUAAAUUGUUCGUUAUGUAUAUUGGUCCGUUAUUUACACAUUGAAGCCUCUCUCGCUGCGCUGAUAAUGCUGAAAAUGAAACUACCGAUGAAAACGGGCGAGGAAGGAGGCGAUGAAACUGCCGAGGACGAUUCAUUGGAUCUGUCGGAGAACCAACAUAUUCCCAGGCCGGUAGCUCCUUCUUCGGCGUCCGACCGUCUGGAUGAGUCGCCCAGACCUAAUAUGUAUCCAUUCCAGCUGGACAAGGAGACUGUUUUUGAGUGGUUUGGCCUACAUCUAAACCCUGCUAAACGGAUCGAGUUCAUGUGCGGGCUGCUACAUAUGUGCCAACCACUGGAGCUCCGCUUUUUGGGAUCUUACUUAGAGGAUCUCGCUAGGAAAGAUUACCAUGUUUUAAGAGACUUUGAGUUUCGGGCGAAUAGUCCGAGCGAUUUGGGAGUUUUAACGGACGUGAUUGAUCCAGUCGUUAGGUCUAAACUCUUGGUCUGCCUGUCCCUCCUCGGGUCUGACAGCAGGGAAUGUGCUGGAAUACUCUUUCGGAUACUGAGCCAUGUAGAUCCGGCCUUGUUCUACAAAAAAUAUGACUACUCCCUUCCUCCAUUCAGGGACCCUAACCACCACUCGUUCCACCCACUGUGUCAGGACGGGAAUUUGUACGAGCGGUCAGAGCAGACCUGUGGCGCCUCCACUAACGAAACAGCGGCAGGACCCCUGGAGCAGUUGGCGCUGCUUUUUGCCAUGGCCUCUCUCCACCCAGCUUUCCAUUUCCACCAACGGGAGAUGGUCCGAGGGCAGCUUGACAAAAUAGAGCUUGCCAUAGCAGAAGAGGAGAGACGUCAAAGUCAGCUUAGAAUAAACGCCCAGAUGACGGAGCGGACGGGUCAGAAGGCAGAUUACCUGCCUUCCCCAACGCUGGGUGUGGGAGAUUGUACGGCGUCCUAUCCUCCCUGCCAGAGCCGACGCUCCAACCGCUGGACAACACAAAGAGAAGCAGUCCAUAUAGAGGCAAUUGUACUCAGGGGCAUCUCUCGGACCAGAAUAGACAAGGAAUACAACUUUGAGGUGAAGUGGUCAGACUCUUCUUCCAGUAGUGUGACCAAAACCCAUCUGGAACUGGAGAAUUUCCUUCUUAAGCUUCCUAAGGAUCAGAAUACUGAGUCUUUUGAGAAGAGCAUCCUGAGGCUUCUGAACCAGGGGGAGAGGAAUGAGAACAGGGAGGCGGAGAAGAACCUCAGGGAGAGGUUCCUGUCUGCUCCUCCAGUCUUCAGACAGACCAGAAAGGUCUGCAGUUUCUUCAACUGUGACUCCAGUUACUCUACAAAACCUACUUGCUGCAGAUGCAACUGCCAGCUGGGUAAGGCCUACCAAGGAGACUGUUCUGAUGCCUCCAGUCAGGAGGAAGAUUUAGAAUUGUAUGCUCAGGGACACAAGAAGAAGCACGGGGCCAAGAGUCCAUCUCAAGGUCUGUCUAGUGCCAGGGGCGCCCAGGGGGACGGUCGGAGGGGGGGCCACGCUGCAGAGCUUAAUGGUCCAGCAGAGAGAAGGAAGAGCUGCACACUGAGAAGCAGCCAGGAGGCUGAGCAGCACCAGGACAAUGAAAAGAGAAGCCACCCAGUCACUAAAACAAAGAGCAGAGGCCUGCCCACAGACAGGGACAAAGUGAAGGGGAAGGCUGCUGCCUUUGUAGCCAACGGUAGAUUAGUACCAGCUCAGAGGAAAGAUGGAGGUUCUGGUCCAGAUACCUUUGGUGAAACAUCAUCAGAAAGCUACAGCUCUCCAUCCAGCCCUCAACACCGAGGACCAGAGAGCUUGGAUAGUGAGGACGAUAACAACAAAGAUACAGAUAGCCACUCUGAUGACUCCAGUAAAGGUAGGGACCCGGACAUGUUCUUCGCCCACCAGACGGAUCCUACUGUGGUGGGGGAGGUCUCCUCUGUCCACCCUCUGUCUUCCAACAACCACCAGGGCCAGAAAGAGCCGCUCUGCCCAGAGACCAGCACAGAUUUUCCCCCUCUCUCCUUCAUGCGUUCUCUGCCCUACGUGCUUCCUAACGGAGCUGCUGACUCUCCCCUUCCACUGGCCCCUCCUCCCAGCCAAAGCAUCGUCCCAGAUCGGAUGCCCUCCUCAGGGACCCUGAUGAUGCAGAUGCCCCUAGUGCCUCCAGUUGUCCUCAACCCUGGAAUUGUGGGAGACCCAGAUAAGAGGGACAUGCUCCCAACCUUUGGGAUUCUGCCUAUUGGCCUCCGCCCUUCUGCUGUGCAGCCUUUGGUUCAGAGGUUCAAAACGGCUUUGCCUCACAGCCAAGGUGGCCCUGAUGGAGCUCCAGGGAGUGGUUCUAAUCCUGCUGCCCCGCAGGCUUUGCACCAGGCUCCUGUAAGAGCCAUCGGUGUCAUGUCUCCUGGCCCCACAUCCUACUCCUCCCCUCGUCACCAGUCUCUGCCCUCCCAAGACCUGGCCAGUGUCAGCCCCGGCCUGGCCUCCUCUCUGCCACAUGUGGAGACUUCCCAUGCCAAGCACCCCUGCUUAACCUUACCAUCUGGCCUGCCUUCUCCCUACACCCUGCCCCCUGUCCCCACCUCUCUCAUGCCUACUGCACCUGCAGCCACUGGAAUAGCUCCAUCUCCUGGACACGUACAAGCAGCUGUUCCUCCAGCUGUGCCCACCCACACCCCUGGACCUGCCCCCAGCCCCAGCCCAGCGUUGACUCGCAGCAUGGCACACAGUGUCUGUACGUCCUACAGCAACAGUAGUGCUUCCUGUGGAAGUGCCUCAGUUGCCCCUGCAAACCCUAUUACUCUUCAGCAAACCCAGCAGCAACAAUUGCCCCCCCAACAGCCAACACCACCACCACCACAGCAACAGCAGCAACAACAGCAGCAGCAGCAGCAGCAGCAACAACAGCUGCAGCAGCAGCAGCAGCAGCAUGCAAUGGGCUGUGGGACAUGUGGGUGUCACAACAACUGCGGUGGCCGAGGCAGCGUUGGUAACAGCAACAGUGUCAGUUGCGCCCCCGUCUGCCAAGCACCCUUAUUCUUCCCCCACCAGAUGGCGGCAGCACGGCAGGUGUUCAGCGUCCCGCCGCCUCUCUUCCAGCUCACUAGUCUGUGCAGUAACAGUUACCUCACCCAGGCCCAGCCUCCUCACCAGGUCAACGGUGGCGCCACCCUGCCCCCCUUCUUCCCCACCGCUCCGCCUCCUGCACACCCAUCCCCAUACGGCCCCCUCCACACUCACUCGCACAGCCACACAGACGUGCCAUCACAUAUGCUGGGCACCCAGGCCGCGGCAGUGGCAGCCGCCGCAGCUGCAAACUACAGCCUCCAGCAGCAGAUGGCGCCGGCAGCAUCGUUCUGCCAGCGUGUCUACCAGCACGUGUACCCAAAUCCGAUGGGGAUGCUGCCUGCUGCUGCACUGGGUGGAGGUGGAGUCAAUAAGAAAAGUGGCAAUGUGUCCUGUUAUAACUGUGGUGUGAGUGGCCACUACGCUCAGGACUGCAACCAACCCUCCAUAGACUCCACACAGCAAGUUUUGGCGCCCAAAGCCGUAAUGGGCUCAUUACCGCCCCCUGAGGCCGAUGGGUGGAAAACACCCACUGCACACACCUGCAGAUAGCCACUUCCCUGAGCUUCUCUAUGGGAAGCACGUCUCCAACACAGUGGCUGACACACCUACCUUCACCGUCAAUAAGGACAGGCUUUGAAAAAUCAGUUCCUCCGCCGAACAUUGUCUCAUGCAACAAUAAAGUCACGUUGACAACAUUGAUAGCAGACAUUACAUUACGUUCAAUGAAAAGUCAGUUGGAUGCCAGGAUGGUACAAAACACAUAGUUUAAUGUAGUUUUAAAAGAGGUGAAUUUAGAAAAACUUAUUUAGUCCCUCACUGACGUUCAGUAAUGUUCAGACUUUUAUUUUUUUAAACUGUCCACUGAUUGUAUAUCCUCUGUGUGUUUGGAUGCAUCUCUGUAUGUGUGCAUGUGUUUGCUUGUGUGUUGGUGAUGACAUUGCAGGUGGCUUCCGGUUAAAGUACGCAGCCUCCCACUUUUCAGAAGCACUUGACAAUGCUGACUGAAGAAGAAGAAGAAAAAGAAGAAGAAAAAGAAGAAGAAGAAGAAGAAGAAGAAGAGUUCCUCUGGUCUCGUUUCCACAGUGAUGGUCAUCCGUUCUUCCCCCGGCACUGUGUGUGAGCAGCGCACUGAAAAAAUAAAAAAACAUUCUCAAAAAGGAAGUGACCUGCCAAGGGCUCAGGGGACAAAGCCUAAGUACUUGUGCCUGAGAAAAUCUUGUUCCCAUGGAGAUGAGUCACUAUCUCGUGCACAGUAACAGUCCCUUCCCUUAUUAGUUUGUCUUUGAUAUUUUUGCACUGAGGAUUGGAAUCGAUUAACUUAUUACUUAAUUAUUAGAGAUUUUUUGAAGAUUUUUUCCGUUUGUUUUUACAUUAAAGUGGAGACUAGUCUCGGCUAAAAAAAAGUUCUUAUACACUUAAUUCUAAAACAUUUCUCUUUUCCUCAUUAUUACUGUUCAGCUAGGAUUCUAUUGUCGGACAGAAUUGUACAGCAGUUUUCAAAGAUUAAAUCAAAAAAAGUAAUUUUAUCAAAAAGGAUUUUAUGUUUGUUUUAAUUGUUUUGCUGUUUUUGAAUGUACACCUUUUAAGGAAUCUGACUGUAUCAACGUGUAUGGAUCCCAUGCAUUUUUUUGCCACUUGAUAUAUGUUGUGGUUGGAAGGUAAUUGCUGCUUUAUGUUAUUUCUUUUCAUUAAAAUAGUUUUACUUGGGGAAAAAUGCACUAAAGCGAAGCAGGAACAUGAGUGCUCUAAAACAGUUCGCACCGCAACAAGCAGAUGUAAGGAUCUGUUCAUUUUCACGAUCCACAUUCACAGGAAAUGGCAAAAAUAAUCUGCUUAUUUUUAGUGUAGUUUAAGUGUUUCAAGUGUGAAACUGCUCUUUAUGCAACAUGUUCUAAAUACUAAAUACAACCGAAGAGAAGAUCAUUCUACCCUGAUCAGACCAAGAUAACUCUACAACUACAAAGAGAGGAUUUAGACUGAUGUUGUUUAACUCUACGACAAUUAAUUGCAGAAAUGUCAACUGUUGCUUUCGUCAGUGUUCAAUGUACAAUUCUGCAGAGGAGCGUAGAUUGAAAAACAGAACUCUAGUUAUAUAGACUGAGUCAUUGAGGCAUCUCUAGAGAAAUAAACACUUUCCUGCCCAUUUGUCUGUUCGUAUUUCUGGCAGAAUGCCGUUCUAAGCUUAUUUAAGAUUAGAAUGUCACCAUUUAUUGAAGCUAAAACUAAGGUGGGCAAUAACUGACUUUUUCUAUACUUGUUAUUUGAGUGAAUUAACUCUGAAAUAUCUGUUUACGUUUCUGUUUUCACAAAACUGUUGAUAACUAACCUAUGAUGUCUGACGAACCUGAACACAUUUGACUACAUGUUCUGAACUUACCCCUCGAUGUGGAUAAUCAGCUGAACACUUACAAAAACAGCAAUUGGCAAAUCCAUCUUUACUGUAAUGCCUAAUUAAGCAGCACAGAAUAUAGAGCCCCAAUGUGCACUGUAUUAAAUAAAGAAGCGAUGAUAAUAAAUAAAACAUAGUUGGUCAAAUAAUUUAAGAAACUACAUUAAGGCUCAAUAUGUUGGUAUGAAAUUUCAUCGUCAGUUUUAUGUUUUGUUCUUAUUUUUGUUUCAUAAUGUCACUUCACAAGUCCCCUGCCUCUAUAGCUACACCAUUAGUUAGCGCCUGUUAGCUAGGGCUAAGACCAGUGACAUUAUGAAAUAAAAGUGUCAUUCUAUAGGGGGAAAAAUGGCAUUUAUGACAAAAUUCAUAAUAAUGAGAUGGUUUAUUUGGUGGUUUAUAUAUUUUACGCAAUUUAUUCAUGUUUAUGUCAUAUCUUUUUUUAUGUAUUUAACACCGAACACUUUAGAGUUCCAUAUGAGAAAGAGUAUAAGGAGUUAACAUUUCACAUAUUACAAAAUAACUGAGAUAACGUUGAUCAUCUCACAGACUGUUGAUAGUGAAGUGUGUGUACAUUCUGAGCGUCUGUGUUUGAUUGUCCUGUCUCUGAAGACGACAGAAACAUAUUUUACACCAUCACAUUUCCUGGCAGCCCGAAGGACUUGUUUAUUCUAGUAUCUCCUAAUUAAUGUGGUAUUCCAUGCUUUCCUCAGCAUUGCUGUGUCUAGCUGUGUUGUUCCUGGUCAGGGGGAAGUGUGUUGUGUGUGUGUGUGUGUGUGUGUGUGUGUGAGACUGCUCUUAAGUUGUUUUCAGGGCUUUGUGGAUGCUCUGAUUGUUUUGUCUGCCAUCCCUGCUCAAACUACUGUCAGUGCAUUAGUUGAAUUAAAGUCUAUGCAUACACACUUGUUUUCCUGAAUGCUUAAAGUGACAGUCAGGAGAUGCGAUUGGUGGAAACUGAUUUGAUGUCAAUCUGUAAAGGAUGCACACCCUGCUGUCAGAUCAGACUACCUCCAGUUUCACUUUAAACAUUAUUUGUGUCCCAAACUGUUUUUCCAGAACGUUCUUCCUUUCAUUCGACCCUCAAAGUGGAUGAGAAGAUCCUGCAGAGUUCUGGAUCCAGUGAUCACAAGCCAUCGGGACGUCCAGUGUAAAUACUGAGGAUGCAAAAAAAAAAAAAAACAGUGUUGUGUUGAUCUUGAUGGUUUGAAAAAUGCUGUACUGUACAUUUGCGAGGGGUCUCUCUGCUGCCACCCUCAGUUGUAAUGUUUACUGUACUCUUUGAUAUCUAUGUACUGGAAAGGUCAAAAAUAUUUCUAGAGCAGAAUUUGAAUUUUAUGCAACUUGUUUUUUUUCUGUAAUUAAAAGCAAUAAAUAUAAAUAAAUGGAAAGGGAAUAUGUCCUGA